UGCUCAGUCACAGAUCUUCCUCAGGCUGGGCCCAUGCCCCCAUGGCCCAUGAUCCCAUGUGUCGUUUCGGAUCACCACCACCACCAGGCAACCAACCGUAGCAAUGGGAAUAUCUCGUCAAAAGAUCCCCAGCCGGAGUGUAUUGCUUCCCCUUCCACCCUUCUUAUCCGGCACUCGGUUAUUGUUGACUCCAAGCCCUUUAAGGAGUGGCAGCCCGUCUAAGUCGACGGCCCAGCGCCCACUCCACGCAGGAGGCGUUCGAUCCGCCCCCUUCUUUACCAUCAUUUUUUUCAAGUCUGUGGCCAGACGACGGUGUGGGGGAGGAGGCUUGCCCGAGUCUAGAUUCCCAAAAGAGCCACCGGCUGUGAAAACAGAACCAUGCGCGAACGCCACUUUGCUGCUUGCUUGCUGACUGGGUCUCAAGUCGAAGACGGGGUGAAGAGGAGAGAUCCACGAUAACGACUAGGGCCUACGCCGAGCAAAGACUGUGUGGCGCCUGGGCAUGGACGUGUAUCGGCGUGUGUGCGCGAGAGCGUGGGCUGGCGGGCUGGCGGACAGAGAGCACAGAAGCACGAUCGGGAGACUCCAUGGAGGAGGAAGCCUAUCGGACGUUCUGUUCAUCUUUGUGUGACAGUUGCAAGUAUUGAAUGUUGCUGCAGGUCAUCGCUGCCCCAUCCAUCUGUCUUGUCUGUCUUGCCUUUCUGUCCUCUGCCUCUUGCUCGCUUUGUCUGCCCCUGUCCUUGUUCAUGUCUCUGAGUCUCAUGUUUCGGUUGUUGAUUUAGGUUUUGACUUGGGUUGUCUUCCUUUGGCUCACAAUCUGCUGUUGAGUUUUGACCCCAAGGAUAAGAAUAGAGAUGAACAAUGUAGAGUUAGUCAACGGGUGUUUUUCUCUUUCGUUUCUUCUUAGUGUACUCUUCCAAUUGCCGUUGAGUGACCUGAGAGUGUCCCAGCGGCCAGGCCAGACCAGAUCGUUUGUUACUACUAACCGUGUCACCACCGUCUGGUUGAAGGUUCCUCCUUAAGCGC